CUCCACUCUCCCAUUGUUCGCAAAUAUAUACACGCACUAAUGCGAGAUUAAGUUUCGACUUUUCUUCAAGGUGGCUCAGUGAUCUCUAGACAUGGAUGCGAGCUACAAAGCCCGUAAAGAGGCUUUUGUGUCUAAUCUAGCUGGUGGGAGCAUCCUCGAGAUCAAUGCGGUGACCUUGGUAGCUCCGGCUGCUGUCCUUCUCUGGUCCGUCCUGCAGUCCCGUCUCUCCUUCUUCUCCCCGUACACCGCUGCGGCGCUGGUCACCGAUUUCCUGCUCAAUGUCCUUGCGAUUCUCUUCGCCACAACCGUGUAUUCGGCGGCACCAUGGACUCUCAACGCCCUCCUUGUCGCUCCAGCUGUGCUGCUGCUGCUCAAUUCACGACCUCAACGCGCCCAGCAGAAAGCCAAGCCCCCACCGAAGGCUGCCCAGUCCACGAAGGUGAAAUCCGAGCCCGACCAGUCCCUCCCGAUCCUUCCGUUCCUGACAACCUAUCGGGCAUGCAUGAUGAUUAUCACCUGUGCUGCCAUCUUGGCCGUGGACUUUCGCGUGUUUCCCCGGCGAUUCGCCAAAGUGGAAAACUGGGGGACAUCGCUGAUGGAUUUGGGCGUGGGGUCGUUUGUGUUCUCGGGGGGAGUGGUCUCAGCGCGCUCCCUUCUCAAGGGUCGUCAGAAUGGAGGCUCGAAGAAGCCUCUGGGUCAGCGAUUGGUGGAGUCUACCCGUCACUCCGUUCCGCUGCUCGUCCUGGGUCUGAUCCGGCUGUAUAGUGUUAAGGGUCUGGACUAUGCGGAGCAUGUGACGGAAUAUGGCGUGCAUUGGAACUUCUUCUUCACGCUAGGCUUCUUGCCUCCGUUUGUCGAGAUCUUUGACACUUGUGCUGCGCUGAUUCCAUCUUAUGAGCUCUUGUCUCUUGGGGUUGCGGCUCUGUACCAGGUGGUUCUGGAAUCCACGGAUCUGAAGAGCUAUAUCCUGGUCGCUCCCCGGGGACCCGACCUGCUUUCCAAGAACCGCGAAGGAGUUUUCUCAUUUGUGGGGUACUUUGCGAUCUUCCUGGCUGGCCGUGCCGUCGGCAUCCGGAUCAUGCCCCGCGGCACAUCGGCAUCCACAAGCCCGCAACAAGCCCGAAGAAAUGUGUUUGCUACUUUGGGAGGUCAGGCUCUACUCUGGACGGUGAUCUUUCUGUUCAACUCGACGUAUGCAUUCGGCUACGGCGCCAACAUUCCGGUAUCGCGGCGGCUGGCGAAUAUGCCAUACGUAGUAUGGGUGUCGGCCUUCAACAAUGCGCAGCUCUUCCUGUUCUGUCUCCUCGAGACGGUCUUCUUCCCCGCGGUUCACCGGACGGUGGGACGAGAGGGUGAAGCGGAGCGGGUCUCCUUUGCCACUAGUCCGACCCUGAGGGCCUUCAACAAGGGCGGACUGGCGAUUUUCCUGGUAGCCAACCUCCUUACCGGUGCGGUGAACCUGAGCGUCCCCACAUUGGACGUCAACACUGCGCAAGCCAUGGCGAUUCUGAUCGGCUAUGCCGCGGUACUUACGGCGGUUGCACUGGGACUGGACCGGGCUGGUAUAAAACUAGCACUUUGAGGGGUUGUAAGAAGUUGGAAUGUGUACCAUAACUAUAAGACUGUGCGGAG